AUGAAGGCUAAGUGGGGUGACACUAGUAGUGAGUUCCCAUCGAGUGAGUACUUGUCCUCUCAAGAAGAUGAGAAAAAUUUUACGGACUUCAUUGAUUCACACUCCUAUCUCCCUAGAGAAACUUCAAAGAAUGAAGUUGAAGAGAGAACAAGUCCUUCCACUGUGGUAGAAGACUUGGAAGAAGAAGUUUCAAGUUCCAUUAAGGAGGUUAUGAGUGAGGAUGAGACUGAGAGCAAUGAUGACCUUCAAAAU